AUGGGAAUAUGUGGAGGAUAAGGGAAUAAGAGACUAACUAAACUAAGUCUCGAAUAAACAAAGGAUUAGACUGGAACUACUUCAAAUAAUGAGAACCCAGGGUCUUCAAAGUAGUCUAAGUUCGUAAAGCAACUAACAGAUUUCAAAGUCGAUCCAUCUAUAUUUGUUACAUUAAAGAAAGGAGAUUUGUUGAACAAUUACAAAAUAGAUUAGGUUUUAGGGGAAGGUAUCAAAAUCAUAUAAGUCUUAUAAAGGAACUUAUGGGAAAGUAAGUCUGGUGACUUAGAAAGCAACAGGACUUUAAAGAGCAAUGAAAUAGAUCAGGAAGGAUAAAAUAGUUAUUGAAUAGAAGGAUAACAUGAUCUAGGAAGUGUCUAUACUAAAGGAAUUGGAUCAUCCUAAUAUUGUAAACAUUUAUGAGUUGUAUGAGGAUGAAAGUUUUUUUUAUAUUAUUACAGAGUAAGCAUUAUUAUUUCAAUAGAUUUUAAGAUAUUUGAGUGGAGGCGAAUUAUUCGAGAAAAUAAAUGAGAUUGAUCAUUUCAAUGAGACCAUUGCUGCAGGAUAUAUGAGAAAGAUACUCGAAGCUGUAAAUUAUUGUCAUACUCGCAAUAUUGUACAUAGGUAUUAUUCUUACAAUAAUAACCCCAAGAGAUCUUAAGCCUGAAAACAUUUUAUUUGAAUCUAAGAAGGCACAUUCUAGUCUAAAGAUAAUUGAUUUUGGAACUGCAAAGUAAAUUGAUGAUUAAAGCAAAUUGUCUUAAAGAAUAGGAACUGUAAUUUUAUAAACUAUCAAAUAUAGCCAUAUUAUAUUGCUCCAGAGGUAAUAAACAAAAGAUAUGAUUAAAAAUGUGAUGUAUGGUCUUGCGGUGUAAUUUUAUUUAUCAUGCUUUGUGGGUAUCCACCCUUCAAUGGAUAAAAUUAACAAGAAUUAUAUUAAAGAAUAUAGAGUGGUAUUUUUUCAUUUGAUGGUAACAUAAUUUAUUAAAUUAAAAAGAACCUGAAUGGGAAGAUAUUUCUGCAGAUGCAAAAAAUCUAAUUAAGAAAAUGUUGGUACCAGAUCCUGAGAAAAGAAUAUCUGCUUCUGAAGCUUUGAGACAUGACUGGAUGGUUAUCAAUUAGAAGGAUAAAAAACUUAAUUCAAAAUCCCUGGAAAAACUGGCUAAAUUUCAUGUAAUUUAGACUAUUUAUCUAAGAGUCAAAGCAAAUUAAAAGCAGCAAUAAUGCAACUAAUUACAACUUAAGUUAUGUCUAAUCAAGAGAAAAAGAAAAUUUAAACUUAAUUUAAAAAAAUUGAUGUUAACAAAGAUGGUACUUUGAGUCGAGAGGAACUACUUAAAUGUUACAGGGAUAUAUAUGAUGAUGAAAUGAAGUGCUAAGAAAUUGUUGAUAAUCUAUUUUAAUAGGCUGAUGUUAAUGGAUCUAAUUAAAUUGAUUAUACUGAAUUCAUAGUUGCCUUUGCAAAAAAAGAAUAAUUAACAGCUUAGAAUAAAUUAGAAAAAGCAUUCAGACUUUUUGAUAAGGAUGGAAAUGGAUCAAUCAGCAAAUAGGAGUUAUAAGAAAUAAUGGGAGGAGCAUAAUUAAGUGAAGUUGAAUGGAACAAUGUUUUUAAUGAAUUAGAUCUAAAUGGAGAUGGGAUUGUGAAUUUCUAAGAAUUUACAGAAAUGCUUAUCAAAAAUGCUAAUGAAUAAGAAUGA